UGUCUGAUACGCCAAGAACGUCGUCAUGCCGCCAAGUGGAAAAGCUGCUAAGAAAGCUGGCAAAGCCAGGCCCGCUGGAGACAAGAAGCGCGGAAGGAGGAGAAAGAGAAGGGAAACCUUCGGUGUCUACAUCUACAAGGUGCUGAAGCAGGUGCACCCCGACACCGGUGUCUCCAGCAAGGCCAUGGGCAUCAUGAACUCCUUCGUCAACGACAUUUUCGAGCGCAUCGCCGCCGAGGCUUCUCGUCUGGCUCACUACAACAAGCGCUCUACCAUCAGCAGCCGCGAGAUCCAGACCGCCGUGCGACUCCUGCUACCGGGCGAGCUGGCCAAGCACGCCGUCAGCGAGGGCACCAAGGCCGUCACCAAGUACACCAGCUCCAAGUAGACCUACGGCACAAGCUAUAACCCCGGCCUUUUUCAAGGCCACCCACAUCCUCACAAAAGAGCUAUACCAGUCACGCUUUCCAUGACCCAACACACGCACACAAAUCACUAACCUGUGACCGCAGGUACUAUUGCACCAUUUCCGGUAAAAUAACACACCAACUAGAAGUCACACCAACUACCCGUCUAUACAUCAACAGAAGGAAAACAAAGGAAGGAUAUCAUUAUGACGCAAUAAAUUUCGAACACAAUUGCAAUGACAUAUGUACGUCCCUUUUGACGUUCUUUAGAACAAUGCCCGGAUCGCACGGCGUUGUCUUUCUCUGCAACGUAAACAGACAAUGCCUCAGGUUUACGUGUAGCCAAACUUUUGGGUGCAAUUUGGGUAGCUUUACUUUACUUUUGUCGAUGAAUCGAAAUCCCCGAUGGCGAACAAAGUAUGAUUUGGGUCAUCAGGUCGCAUUACACCAAAAGCGAACAUAGAAGGCAUGAUUUGGGUCAUCAGGUCACAAGGCCGUCUUACCAUUUGCGCGGACUAAUUCACCGUCUUCUCCCAAACCGCAAAAUUCAACACAACACAACAAACAUCGCCAUCCAAAUUAAAACGGACAUAGUCUUACAACAUUUACAACAAUUGCGCACUCCAUCACAUACAAUCAACAAUCUAGUACACCCCACAACAACACGAACUACUUCGUGCCCGAACUACAUAUGUCAUCCAGCUAGAACAUUACGUUACACGGUCAGUUUAUUAGAAGAAAA